AUGAGACUCUUUUCCCUCAUUUCUGUUCUCCUCCUGCUUGUGACUAUAAUACCAAAAGGAAACACUGGUGUUAUUCCAGGACAAAAACAGUGCCUUAACUUGAAAGGACUCUGCAAAGAUGGUGGAUGUACCACCACGGAAGACACCAUUGGCAUCUGUAACCAUGAAAAAAAAUGUUGCAGGAAAUGGUGGAUAUUCGAACCAUAUGCAACACCAGUUCCUAAAGGAAAAUCCAAUUAG